AUGAAGUUCGAUGAUGCUCUAUGGGCAUACCGGACUGCUUUCAAGACUUUGAUUGGGACUUCACCCUUCAAGCUUGUGUUCAGAAAAGCUUGUCACUUGCCGGUUGAGGUUGAGCACAAGGCUAUGUGGGCGCUGAAGAAACUGAAUACGGAUUGGGAGGAAGCAACCAAGCUCAGGUUGUUUCAACUAAAUGAGAUAGAUGAGUUUUGGUACCAGGCAUAUGAGAUUGCUACAGUAAAGCUUAAAUCAAGGUGGUCUGGUCCAUUUGAGGUGGUAGAUGUUUCACCCCAUGGAGCGAUUGAGUUAAAGUCCGGAGAUGGAACUCGGACAUUUAAGGUGAAUGGGCAGAGAUUGAAGCACUAUCACUGGAUGGUUUCGGAGGAUAGGAUUGUUGACUGA